AUGAUCACCAUUCUAGGAGCUGGCGUCAUUGGUCUCUCCACGGCCCUGGUUCUGGCUGAGAACGGCCACAAGGUGAAAAUUGUGGCUGCAGAUCUUCCUGAUGUCGCCGGAAGCGAUGGAGCCCCAGCCUCCUACGCUUCAGCAUGGGCUGGGGCCCAUUUCCGACCGUUCCCAGCGAAAAAUGAAGGCGAAAAACGCCUGGCUACAUACACGUUUGCCACUCAAAAGUUCAUGAACAAGCUGGCAGCAACACGUCCUGAGUCUUCUGUCCAGAUCAUUGAAGGUGUGGAUUGGUUGGAUGAACCUGACCAAUUUUACCAAAAGUACAAGGGGCAAGGCAUUCCCGAGUUCCACGUUUACGAACGAAACAAGACAGCUCAGCACGACGACGUGGAUCCCUUCGCUACAGUCCCUGAGUGUGUCAAUUGGAUAGCCACUUACAAGGCCUGGAGUGUCAAUGCUCCCAUGUACAUCCAAUGGCUGUAUCGAGAGCUUUUGUUUGUGUACGGAGUUGAAUUUGAGCGACGACGAGUGUCAUCUCUCAAGGAGUUGUUUGUUCCUGGCGUUUCUGUCGUCGUCAACUGUUCUGGAAACGGUCUGCAAUACGACGGCUCUCACGACCCGCACUGUUUCCCAAUUCGGGGCCAGACUCUGCUUGUUCGUGCACCCAGCGCCCACAAAUACAACAAUUCCACCAUUACUCACCAGGGCAAAGACGGAAACUGGACUUUUAUCAUCCCUCGUGGUCUGAAUGGGGGCUGGAUUCUUGGAGGCACCAAGCAGGUCAAGGAGAGUGAUCCCAAGCCCCGUGAAGCCGACACCCAGGCUGUCAUUGCGCGGGGGAAACUCAUAUUUCCUGAGCUUCUGUCCAGUAAUGGCGAGUUUGAUGUGAAGCGAGAGAACGUCGGUCUUCGUCCUGCUCGAGAGGGAGGUUCUAGAGUCGAGACUGAGAGAGUGAGUGAAGGAGCAGUUGUCCAUGGCUAUGGAUGUGGUGGCAGCGGCUAUGAAAUGUCGUAUGGCAUGGCUCUAGAUAUCGCUCGACUGGUCGAAGGUGUGCUGAGAAGGGACAGCAAGUUGUAA